AUGGACUUAUUGAACCUUGUUUAACUGGCUAUUGAUAUAUCCUUAACGAGGGAUAAUUACUGUGAAGAGAUUAAGAAAUUGCGCAUAAAUCUAGAGGUGUUCUGUCACACUCUAAAAUAACUGGAUGAUUCCAAUUGUCCCAAUUAAUUCCUGAAGGAAGCUGAAUAGGAAAUCCAAAAGACUUAUGAGUGGCUCAAGAACCUCCCUCAAGAAGUGAGCAUAUUGGAUAGUGUUAAGUUUCAGAUCCCUUACAACAACAAAGUAGAACAAAUCAAAGAGAAGUGUAAUUCCAUACAGCAAUUGAUCACCUUAUCAACAGCACUUAAUGUUAUUAAAAAAUCCACUUCAUAAAUUCCCUCCAUUCCAAAACCACCUCUAACCAUUCAACCCACUGUUACCUAAGUGGAUGACAUCCAAAUCAAUGAGAAACCUGAAAAGUACAUAGUCUUGUCUGUCAUUUCGGAUGAGCAUACUAAAACCAUAUUCAGAAAGCAUGGAGUUAAUUUGCAAAAUAAACAUGCCAUCCAUUUCAAGGACAAUGAAUCUGAGAUUGUUGUAUGCAAGAUAUCGAGAUAAGAUUACUCUCUCCUCAAAGAAGACAUCUAACAAAUCAACACAAUUUCAUAGGAUCACGCUUAGAUCUUAUGUCGGAAGAUCGAUAGGAGAUAGAAGUACCCAGAACCUAAAGUAGAUGAAAAUAAUGAUUAAUAAGAUGUAUUUUAUUCUUUGGAUGACAACGUAAAGGAAUUGUCUAAAAAUAUGAUAGACGAAGUCAAGUAUGAGUUCUAUCUAAAAAUUACUGGUCGUUUGGGAGUCUUUUUGUAUAGAAAGAAAGAAAAUAUCACAGACUUUGGCAAAUAGAUCUUGCCUGACACUUGGGCUAAUCGAAUCCAAAAUACAACAAUCAAAUUAGAAGACAACGAUAAAUUUGCAAUUCUAAUGAAGAAACCUGAUUAUAAGGUGCCCUUGAUUGCUUAUUCAAUAACUUAUAAUAUAUGA